CAGUACAUUUAUGAAUAAUGAAUGCAGAUUGGAGAUGACACUUUUGAAUUAGGACGCUACCCAUCUGUCAGCUGGCACUGCUAGGUGUGCCCAGUGUACCUGACUAUUGUCCAAAUGCUACAGUUUCGCUCCAGGAACAGGUGGGACGAACUUGGAAAACAGCGGGAUCUGUAUCUGCUCAAAAUAUGUUAUAGAUGGAGUCAAGGCAUCAUGGACCUCAACCUCUAAGACCCACAAGCCAAGCCAUGCCUUUAGGUUGGCGUCACACAAAUGGAUGUGUGACACAUGGAGGCUCAGGUCGGAUGUUGCUGCAUGAGAUGCUUUGGCAGCUGGAGCAAAGAGCACUUCAGGUUCAAGAACAGGAGUUCCAGUACUGCAUCUCCCGUGGCAUCAUGGGAUACCGUCACGCCCCAGCAUACCCAAGCCUGCUUGCCCUUAUCCCUGCUUCUGAACACCGCCAGCUAGAGCGCCUCUGUGGUCGCAUCCCACCCUCACACACUGCCAUUGUACUUUCCAGGCUCCAUGAUCUUUUGGCCAACAAUGACAUCCCUCCCUGGGAACUGGUGGGUGUCUUCAAGCAAGUUCUCAGGGACUUCCUGAGGAGACAGGAAGACGCCAUGCAGCGACGUCCAGUCCCUUCAGCUCCACCAAAUAUUCUCUCUGCUCCCAAUCCACCUAUAGAGAGUAAUGAUAGAAAUCACAUGGCUGGAAAUGCAUCUAAUUCUUUGUCAGAGGAGUCAGGGAAUCACAGGGAGGAAAUUCCUACCAUUUCUAGUUAUGUGGAUAAACAUUUGCGUGCUGCUUGCCCCUACUCUAUCCGCAGAGAUUGGAGUUUGCCCUUUUGCCACCCGUUUGCUUAUGAGGCCUACAGCACCACAUUGUGAGACACCUAAUGGUAGAUCCAUCCAACACAUCCAACAAUCUCAUGGCAAAAGAGUGGAGUUUAUGUUGUAGAACAAAACAUCAUCAAGUUAUCAUAAAACAGUCUUUAUUUUACUCAUAAACUGAAAAACCCCAUUUUAAAACUCCAUAGGAAAAUCUCGGGCUUUGACCUGGUGUCUCUGCACCACUCUUUUCAUAACUAUUACAAGUUUUAGUAAAGUGGUGGCUAAUUCGUAACAAUUUGGACAUUCUCAUUCAUCCAUUUUUGUACGAUUUACAGCCCAUUGACUGUUAGGAUUAGGGGUGGACCUUCAAGCUUACUUCUUUUCCUAAAUAUCAUACGAAUCACAUUGAACAAAUUCAUGCGAAAUCGCCAACUAAAUAAAAUAUUUUAGUUUUCUCAUGAGAUCGAUUUAAAAAUCUAGAUGACUCCCUUUUCUCCCAAAAUUAAAAAUUAUGUCAUUAAUGACUCACCCUAAUGUCGUUCCAAGCCCGUCAGA